AUGGAGAGUAAUAAUUCCGUCGUAAAGCUGCUCCUUUACUUGGUACUGAUUAUUCAGUGCACAGCUGCUUACUCACUUAGCCAAACCAAGAAUACAAAAGAACAUGGGCACGUCUUUUUUACACCUAUGCGAACUAAGGAGAGAAAGGAAAGCCAUUUGAAGAGAACUGAUCAAAGCGCUCAUGAGGGUUACUGCAACCCCAGAAAGGAAAAAAAUCCUACCAAGGUAAAAAAAAAUAUGAACAAGUUAUUUAAGACGUUAUAUCCUAAUGAGGCACAGAUGGAGGAAAGGAAUAUAAGGGAAUAUGAUUACCAAGGGGGUGAUAUGGAGGGUGUGCAGGGAACUCAGUUUAAUAAUACGAAUUACGACGGGGUGGGAGAUGCCAUCUACAGUGCAAUGACGAAUGGAAGUCACGAUGAAGGAGUGCACAACAGCCGACGCAAGGGGGGCUUCCCCACUGGCAAUGUCUUGAACAGAGAUCUGCCCAGCAGCUACCCCGCUGCUCAAACGGGAGAAACGACUCUCCAAAGUAUUAGCCAUGCUGGCCAUGCUAGCAGGAACGAUAGCGGGGAGGAAAAAACGGUUGAACGACACAGAGGCGAAAACUUCGAAGACAACCAGGAGAGCGCUGCAAAUGAGCAGAGUACAAUGGAGCUUUUCGGCAAAAAUGAAAAAUUAAAAAGUGAAUCGAAUUUUUCUCUCAUGGAUUAUCUGAAGGACUUGUUCCAGAAUUCCACGUACAUAAAAAAGUUUCAGAAUUUUAUUGAAAUUUUUUUUAACAAGUAUGAUCAGCGUGUGUUGGAGUCCACGAUUUUUUUUAAUUUUGACGAAACGUUGUUUUAG